UGAAGCGACGUCUUGAACGGAGUCCGCACUCGUUAACUACCGGCACGUGCAUCGCACCCUUGGAUUCGCUAGAGUGCAGCAGACUUACGCAAGAAAAUGUUCUUUCAACCCGCCAACUCCGCUUCACCAGGUGCCUGGAGUUGGAUUCUAGCUUGAAUACUGGUGUGCAGGCUCGUGGUCCUCCCCGCGUUCCCCACAUGUGUGUAUGGGAGUCUAUCCUACCUCAUCACGUUUUCUGUCUUAACAGUCAAUCGGGGGGCCAGAGCUGCUCAGUCGAGUCCGACGCAGUGCUCUAUGGACACAAGCCAGUGAGGUGAAUCUCGCCAAUGUGCGAGGGGAUCAAUUGUCGCCCGGUUAUCAGUACUAGGACCGCCAGUGAACUGGUGUGAACGGACUUUUGACAUGCCCAGUGAUUUAGCUUCCUCUGUGGUUACCGCACCGGCAAAGAGAUGUGCACAAAUAUAAACUCUUGCACGGCAUUGGCCCCCAGAACAGUCGAAGCCUGGGAUGUUCCGUCUGCAGCUUUUUUUCCUUUAUUUUUUAAGCUGACAAUGCGUCAGUACACCCCGCAGAAUGUACACAUUUGAUCUUGAGGGGAGCUGCAGCCGUGUGCAAGCAUCUUCGCCGUCAUUGUGCAUCUGUUGUUGCCUGGAUUUGUGACACGUCUCCGUUCGAAGGGGCACGAAACGAGAUUCCGAUAGGGCUGCCCCUGCCCCUGUUUUUGAUAUAAGAUGUGGCCGCCACACCCUGUCUGCGCGCCUCCCCCGCAUUGAUUCCACUUCGUCCGUGGUUCCGGUCGACUUCUGGUCGGCAGCGAGGUGUGCGCAAGCAAGCGACAUGCCCCAGGCAAAAACGCCAACGGCUGUCCUCUCUCUAGCAAAUGUGUUUUUCUCCACUUUCAUCGCGGUUUCUGGAGAUGUGUACAUCUCUGACCUUCUGUUCACUUCGCUUCCGUUCCCCCUCACGACUGGGUGUUGUAGCCAGCUCGCUUCGCUCGCUUCGCAGCCACCCUGUCACCGUCUCUGUGCAAUGUUGGGAUCUGCAAACGGUGCUGCUAUCGUCUCGUCCGCAAUGAAGAAAAUGCAGGUCUGCAGACAAAACAGACGCCAAAGGCGUUCUGCCACUUGUCUUGCGGCUGGUGUGGGUAUCCUUGCUCUCAUCGCACUUUCCGUCUUCGCCGCAGCCGCCCCGGCAACGCCCCCACCUGCCGUCAAGGAACUUACUGAUGCCACUUUCGAGCAUGACACCCAAGCUUCUACGGGGGCUACCACGGGCCACUGGUUUGUCAAGUUCUACGCCCCGUGGUGUGGCCAUUGCAAAGCGAUGGCCAAUGCAUGGGAGGACCUGGCUAAAGCGCUGAGCGGAAAAAUCAACGUGGCAAAACUCGACGCAACCAGCAACAGCAUCACUGCGAAACGCUUCAAGAUUCAGGGCUUUCCCACCCUGUACUACCUCGCCAACGGAAAGAUGUACGAGUACCGCGGCGAACGCAGCGUUGAGAAGCUGAAGGCCUUCGCUGAGGGUGGCUGGAAAUCUGUUGAAGGCGAGACGAUCCCUUCUCCCCUUACAACUUUCGACGUCCUGAAGGACGAACUGAUUUCGGCUUUCCUGCAGCUGCAAGGAAUUGUCUACCACGCGCCGCUGCCGUUCUUUCUGUUGUUCUUCAUCGGUAUGUUCUCUGGUAUCCUCUUGAUGUGCCUGUGCAGCCUGUGCUCCUCGAAGAAGGAGCAGAAACGCAGUGCAGUCGCUUCGAGAAGCGUGAAGAAGAAGGACUAAGGCCACUAGAGUGUGCUUUUGUCACUUACUCCGUAUAUAGGAGUGUUCUCCGAUCUACUUUUUGCUUUUGUGUGUAUCUUCUGCAUUUUUCCCUUCAAAUGCGGUUUAAAUCGGCAUCCGUUCUCCUGGUCGCUUUGGAGGACACACCACAUAUCUGGACCGCUCGUUUUUCUUUGUUUCUCGUUUCUACUGGAGACCGAGACUCCUGCAUUGGUGCUCUAGGGUGCCUCGGAACGCGAGCUCCGUGGCGACAAUGAUGCAGAAUGUAUUACCCCAUCAAACAAUAUCAGGGUUCCGUCUGCCUCCACAACUGCCGUGUGGCAAGGGGAAGGUCGAUGCCAGAGCAGUUCCCAUACAGAGCGUAUUUCUUCCAAACAUUCUCAAAGACGAUUGAGUAGACAGACGGUUUGAGCCGUAGAAACAUUACACUAGAUCUUUUUGUAGCCAGGAAGCAUUACACAUUGCCCCGCGAAAAGUAAACAGGUCGACUGGAAAAAAACGGUGUAGUUGAAGCACCGGUCGAGUGAAUUCAAAAGGACACAAACGAUAUGCAAUAUAGGGUUCAGCAGCUCCUCAAAAACACGGAUACACAAUUUUGUCGAUAUGUCAGAACUGUGUAAUCCUCUACGUGGAAGCAUGCGGGGAUCCGUCUCGCCACAGACAAUACAGCACCUCGCUUCGUUUGUCAGUCAAGUCGCUAGGGAACUAUUAAAUUUGAGGUUAAGGACAUAUCGGGUCUGUAUAGAGUCACAAAGGUAGCUCAC